AAGCAUGAAGUUAAUGAAAAAGAAAAGUCAUAUAGUUUCAUGUUGUAUUAACUGAGUAAAUCAACCAUCAGCUCAGUUAAUCAGUAAGUGAAACCUGCUACUCUCUGAUAUAGAGACAAAAGAUUGUUUUUGAUAAAUCCCAACCAUAUUACACAAGAUACAGACACAAAUUGGAAAAAAAUACCCCUCGACCUCCAGCCUGUAUCCGCUGUCAUCAGCCGCCCUGCAACAGAACCAGCCUGAUUACCUUAUCAGCCACACUCAGAGCUUGAUUCAGGCUAACACCUACAAACAGUGGCAGAUGAAUAACCCUGCUGCACAAUAUUGGAGCAUUAAUCACCCUCCGACACCUCACAGCCUGUCCCAAAGAAUGAUUUUUAGGACUGAUUCCUCCAAGCACCCAACUGGCUCCUCCACAAAUAUCACCUUGGGUGAUUUUCAGUCCAGCCAAGUUACAAAUCAAGCAGCUCCUCCGCUAUUGGUCCGGUGUUAGUCCCUCAUCCUAUGCAACUGAUUUAUACGUCAGCUCAGUGUGCAGAUGGGGUGAGGGGCUGUGAUUGGAAAUUGAUUUUAAACUGACUGCCUAGAUGAAUAUACACUCUAUGGACAUAAUUUCCCUAAAAAUAGAAUACCUGAUUAAAGAAAUGUAUCGUAAUUAAACUGUGAAAAGGCCUUUGUGUCACAUGGUGCAAUCAGGUGCAUGUAGAAAAAAUGAUGCAAUCAAAACAAGAGCUUUUUGCAAAAAGCGUGUGCAAGCAAAUAGCUUAAAAGCUUUUUUAUUUUUUAUUUUGUGCAUGCAUGGAUCAGAGAGAUGUUGAUUCAGGUUUAUGAUAAUUCGUUCAUUCACUGAUCCAUUCAAACUUUCAAUUGUUCUUCUUCAAAAAGACGUUUCAGAUACACAUCAUGACAAUCUUUCUAUUCCUUAGUUGUCUUAACUUUUUCACUUUACUUUUUUGAUUUCACUUGUUACAGCUAUACAAGAAUCACGAAAUAGAGAUAAGAUAAAGAUAAAAAAGAGAGAGAAAAGAACAAGAAUGAUAAGAAAUAAUAAAAAAAAUAUAUAUAAUAUUUGGAAUAAGAAAAAAAACUUCAAGAAACAAAAGAAAAAUAAAUCAAAAUAAAGUAAAGUAAUAAUGCAAAAUAAAGUAAAGUAAAUUAAAAUAAACUAAAAAAUAAUAGAUGUAAUAUUAGAUAUGAAUAAAUGAAAUUAAAUAGCUAUAUACAACUUGUGAUAUAGCUCAUGCAUGCUAUGAUAAUGGCUGAAGUGAAUCAUUUAGAUUACGUUUCAUGUGAGUCAAUAUAACUCUUCAUGUUUGAAAAAGGUCUGUGCAGCAGAAACAGUAUAGUGGAGUUACAUGAAUAUGUAAUGCAGAGUAGGUCCCAUAAAAGCAUUUCUUUAUAGUGACAUGCCUCCCAUAAGAACACUUUAAUAAAUGUUUCAUGAGGUGAUUGUGCAUUUUCCAGCAAAACUCCUGCAAUCAGCAGACAAACAGAAGUGAUUCAGGGUUAUUCUGUGGCAUCAGUGGUCACAGCCUGUGAUGUGACAUCAGAGGUGACAGAGUGUGAGUCAGGAAUUUGUUUGUGCUGAACCAACUGGGCUGCAGGGUUUUCCUUUAAACAGGCUGUACAGCCAUGCCCUGCUGGAAAGGUCAGAGGGGGCCACGGACACAGUGGGAACACAACCCACUGACAUUUACUCUCUCUAACCCCUCGCUCUUUAAACCUCAACCCCAACAUACAUGAACAUGCACGGCUAUUGAGUCAGAGCGCCGCCUCAUCUCCACAUUCUUCUACAACUCAUUAGGUGGGUAUAGAGUCACCAGCACCUUCUGGAGCCAUGUGAUUAUAUAAGUCUGCAAAACAACUCAGUCACAGUGUCUAUAAACAUGUUUGUAAGAGCCAUUUUGCUUUAAUUGUUUAUUUGUUUGUUUGUUUGCGCCUCCCACCACCGGGUGGAGAAGAGCGCUCAUUAUGGAUUCUGAGGUCAUGAGUUAAUAUCAGGCACCGGUGUAUGACUGAUUGUUGUUGAGAUGCCCGAGAGGCACACAGUUUUUUGACCGCAGAAAUGUGAUGUAUACGUUGGAAAUAUAAGUUUAUUUGCUUAAGAAAGAAGUAUAUAUUUGUUUGGAAACAUUAUAAUAAACUGAGUUAAUGGAUAUACGUAAAGUGGACAUUUCAUUUGUGCGCGUAAAUUACUAUAAACGGGCUCUCAUCAUAAUAGUGGCAUCUUUUUUGAGUAGCAAUCGGGUCACUACAAUGUUACUUAAAACAUUAUUUACAUUUGUCAGGUAUAUAUUUCUAAUUUAAUUUAUAAUGAACACACUUCUACGUUCCAACCCUCACCUAUGGUCAUGAGCUUUGGGUAGUGACUGAAAGAACAAGAUCCCGGAUACAAGAGGCAGAAUUGAGCUUCCUCCGUAGGGUGGCUGGGCUCAACCUUAGAGACAGGGUGAGGAGCUCAGACAUCCGGAGGGAGCUCGGAAGGAGCCAGUUGAGGUGGUUUGGGCAUCUGGUAAGGAUCCUCCCGGGCGCCUCCCGUUAGAGGUGUUCCGGGCACGUCCAACUGGUAGGAGGCCCCGGGGAAGACCCAGAACACGCUGGAGGGAUUAUAUCUCUCUCCUGGCCUGGGAACGCCUCGGGGCCCCCCAGGAGGAGCUGGACGUUGUGGCUGGGCGCCUGGAAUGCCCUGCUUAUCCUGCUGCCCCCGCGACACGGCUCCAGAUAAACGGAUGAGAAUGGAUGGAUGGAUGGAUAGAUAAUGACCACACAACCCUUCCAUUACUUCUUGUUCCUGCAGCUGCUUUAGUAUUUUGCAUCUCAACAGUAUUUACGACUAUUGUGGUAUGCAUCCUGCAAAAACGUCCCAUUCUGCACUGUAUACCAAAGUUGUUCAAUUUAUGGCGUUUAUUUGUUUCAUUUUCAACUGUACUCAUUUCAAUCUUCAUAUAGUCUUGUCCCUGAUCUUGUAUGUACUUUAAUUGAUGUUGAAUGUGGUGUAUGAGAAUUGUGGUUGAUUGUUCUUAUUUUAUCAUGGUGCUGCCUUCUUGGCCAGGUCACUCUUGAAAAAGAAAUUUUAAUCUCAAUGAAUUUUUACCUGGUUAAAUAAAGGAUAUUGAUUGGUUGAUUGAUUGUUAAUGUUGGUUUAUAUAUACAUUUUAUGAAAAAAAUCAGAAGUUUUUCAUAUAAAAAAGUAGAUUCUCCUUUGCUAAUUUAAUGUAUGCAAUGUGUUUAAGAUUUGUAAAUGUCGUGAGUGUUUGUGUACAUGUGAUAAUUUGCAGUAAGUGAUUGCAUCUUUUAUGAAGACAUCCACUCAAUGUCCCCCUCAUUGCCCCCCUCCCCCCUGCAUUCACCCCUCAGCACUAGUGGUCAGCUCCUAUCGAUUCACCUUACUGCUGCUAAGUAUAGAUAGUAUAGAUAGUCACUAUUAUGAAUAAUAACCAUGCACUUUCUCCCUGCCAAUAAAUGCUAAUGAGCAGUCCGAUCUCGUGAAUUUAAAAAAAAGAAAAGAAAGAAAAAGGAAUAAAUCAAUAUAUUUUCUGCAAAAAAUGAGUGGAGCACUCUAAACGGAGGUGACUCAAGAUCUUUUUCUCAGACUUUAAAUUGUGAUCUAUCAACAAUAAAGACAUGCACAUGGACAAGGACUCAGCUGUCUCUAUAAAAGAGUUAUGGCAAUAACCACCAGGACGAGAAAAAAAUCUGUCAGGAUAGCCUCAGAUGAAAAUGCAGACAGAUGAACUACUAAGAGAGACUGAAGAGUGACAUUUGUUAAUACUAUUAAAAGAUACAAAGACAAAAGAAAGAUACUUGACAAGGGAUAUUAAAUAAAAAGCAUACUGUAUGUAUAUACUGUACCAUAUACCAUUUUGUGAACUUCUAAUGGCUGAUAACCAGUUUGAAGGUGUUUUAAGGUUGUUCAAUUUGAAAUUCAAAAGAAGAAAAACAUUUUUUUUUUAUGCAUUCAGCCAACAUCAUUAAUAUGUUAUCCUACUGCCUAUUAAUACAAAAAAAAGACAGAAACAGCCACAAUGCAACACUAUAAAAAAGAUGGAAAAUACUGGGCAACUGGCAGCAUUACCAAUAGCUUCAUCUGAGUUCAAAUUGUCUUAAUACAGAGAAAGUAAUAAUAUGACUGAAUAUCCAAACCGUAGUGAUUUGACUGUUUGAGGCAGAGUCACUUGGUUGAAACAGGCCAAACAGCCCACAGUGUGCCUGAGAUGUCUCAGGAUGAUUUGAGCAUGUGAAGAAAGUUUGAAAGGAGUCCUGUUUCUUCUAAAAAUAGCAACUAUAUAGAUCUUGUAACCCUCAACCCGCAGGUCUUCUUCCUCUGCUGCCACUGAGAGCUAACAGACCCUCAGGGCCACGAGAUGUGACAUAAAGCCUGCAGAAAUCAGACUGGGAUUGGACUGGGAAUUCUGACUGAUAGAAUUAUUACUCAAAAUUAUAAUUAUUAUAGUGACCCUAAAGUGGAUUAAGAGGCUUGAAAAUAUUUGGAUUUUUGGCCAUAAACAUCGCUCAUUUGGAACGUUUUUUUUAAGUGAAUGAGGUGUAGCUUUUAGGCUCCAUCUCUACAGAUUUUAAAGGUAAGAAAAUCAAAUACAUUAUUUCAUCAUGCUGCACAGAACUAUGGAAGAGGGCCAUAUGUAAACAAAACCUUGAGUUCUGAGUUAGACAUCAGAAUACUGACUAAUCUCACAGUCUGCAGUCAGUCGAUGCAUGUCAUUAUCAGAACAGAACAAAGUUAUCAUUUUCACAAUAUUUCUUCUUGUUUCGAUCUAGUUCUAGUAUUUUAAGUGACCUUGUUUUGCAUAACACUAGUCUUAUUAAUCUAUAUCUCUUAUCUGAAGAUGGAAGAGGGAAAGUUUCUGAGUUUAAAGUAAAAUCUCUGAUCUUACUCUCAGAAUUCUGAGGAAAAAAUACUUCUGGUUUUAUUAAUUCUGAGUUUAUUUUCAGAUUUUUUUUUUUUUACUUCAGUCAGUAACUUUACACAACGCACCCUGACUUUAUUCCAAGAAUUCUGACUCUAAAAUCACAGUUCUGAAUUUAAAGUUGGAUCAUUUUUUUCUUUUACUUUCUGAACUUAUUUUCAGUACAGUGACUUUAUAGCGACUGACUAACUUUAAUCCCAGAAUUCUGACUCUACAGUCACAGUUGACUUUAAACUUAGAACUCAAAUAAAAUUCUCACGUGGUCCUAAUCCUCUUGCGUAUCAUGUGCAACACAUGCCUCAUAAACUUACUAGUCAACACAUGGUUGUUGCAGACUGGGUCUGUGGAGAUUGCAGAAUACGGAAAUAUUUUGUUGUUAAUGCAAUUUUCCCGUUCAAUCUGUCUAAUAAACAUAUAUUACAAACCACAAAGUUAAUUAAGCGCUGGUUUAUGAUGUCUACCUUUAUCCUCCAGUUAGCCAUUUGUUGCAAAUACAUGUCAUAAAGUGAAAGAAAACACCACAGAUCAUACAAGAGGUAAAUGCGCAAGCUGUAUGUGAAUGGGAUGACGCAUAGCUCUGCAAAGGCAACUGAUUGAGAGCAACAGCAAGAUGGUGUGCACCAUGCAGCACAACCUCCUGCUGUAAUUCUUCAGCACAUCGACAACACAGCUCGCACACUGACUGCAUAUACGGAUGGAGCUCGUUUUCAUCUCAGCGGUGCUGCUCAAGUCAAAAAAACAAAUGUCCACGGUGUGAAUUGGCGCUGUAACGGGGGGAGCGCUCUCACGUUGUGUAUCCUGUUGAUUCUGCCUGCCGAGCGUUUAGAGGAGCACUGCUCGUCAGUAAGAAAAGCCUCAGACAAGGAAACCUGCUCGCUCAAGCCACACUUGAUGACAUCUCUCCCCCCGGGGUUUGCACACAGGACGCUUCACUGUUUUGACCUCUAUUUUUUUUUCUUUUUAACGUUGAUUGGAGACAUCUGGAUAAAAAAAAACGCGCUUCAUUUUUCAGCUUGUCGCUCUUCUUCUUUGUCACAGUACAGCAGGUCGUGAUUUUUGUAUGCAACAUAACGGGAUUCAUGGUGGGAGCAUUUCCUUUCAUCAAUGUGCAUUGAUGUAGCAGAAAACGUGGAGGAGAUAAGGUAGGUUAACGCGUGGCUUUAAGACACUGGGAAGGCUGUGCAAAGACACACACAGCAGCCUGAUUCUUGGUAUUUAGUCAAACCAUAAGAGCUCGUUGUCGUGUGUGUGUACAGAUCAUCAAUAGUUGGAUGUUUCCAUUGAUAUCCAAUUGCAAAUGCAGCAGCUCCCACGGUCCAUUGUCUCGUUACAUGGCCCUGCUGCUGUUAUUGUGCCAUGAACGCAACAUUUCUGAUGAUUAUCCCUCUCUCCACAGAACCCUUAUCUCAGCAGCUGGAACCUGUGGUGAGGAUUUCACAGAGGACAGUCAGCAAUUAAAGGGAUUUCAAAUCUUGUCUAAAUCGGGAAUUACACAUCCAAACUGGGAUCUAUGAGCGGCAAAGUGGCGAAGCCUAAAGAAGACAAGGAUGCUUCCAAGGAGCCCCAGCUGAAGGGGAUUGUGACGAAGCUGUACAGUCGACAAGGUUUCCACCUGCAGCUGCAGGCAGAUGGAACCAUUGACGGAACGAAGGAGGAGGACAAUGGUUACACCGUGUUCAACCUUAUUCCAGUGGGGCUGCGAGUGGUGGCCAUCCAGGGGGUGCAGACCAAACUCUAUCUGGCUAUGAACAGUGAGGGUUACCUGUACACAUCAGAACACUUUACACCAGAGUGCAAAUUCAAGGAGUCGGUGUUUGAGAAUUAUUAUGUGACAUACUCGUCCAUGAUAUACCGGCAGCAGCAGUCGGGCAGGGGCUGGUACCUCGGUCUGAACAAGGAAGGAGAAAUCAUGAAGGGGAACCAUGUCAAGAAGAACAAGCCAGCAGCCCACUUCCUUCCCAAACCUCUUAAAGUGGCAAUGUACAGAGAGCCAUCCCUCCAUGACUUGACGGAGUUCUCUCGCUCCGGCAGCGGCACACCCACCAAGAGUCGGAGCGCCUCGGCUGUGCUCAACGGAGGCAAAGCCGUGAGCCAGAAUGAGUCGACGUAGCCGAGUAGCCGAAACCCAGGCCUGGGGCCGAACCACGAAACCUUACCUCCAGCAGAGCGUGAAUCCAAGCAGACUUCUCUCACCGAUCAGCGGUUCAGGACUAGCUACGACAACAAACCACACAAACACCUAUAUCCCAUCAAUAAAAAACAGUUAGGUAUCAUCCUGGUUAAUCAUCAUCAAUAUAGUCAGAAACGUAACAGCACAUAAACCAUUCUGGACUUAAAAUAACUUUUGUUUUGGUCUUGAGAUUUAUCUAUUACCUUGAUCACUCUCUUUUGGUGAUGAUCGCAUACCAGUUAGCUCAUCUUUAUCCUGUUUGAUUUUUCUUAAUUUCCUGUGGACAAUACCUUUUCUUUGGUCAUUUAGACACCAAGCACUCGUGCAUCAGUCAGACAGGGACAGGAAGUUAGACAUGUAGGCAUUCAGGGCAGCCAGUAAUAGUGCUGGUCUACAAGGCUGCAGUGGUACAGUACAGGCCCUGAUCUCUGUCUUAUCCAUGCUUCUGUGAAUACAAAGCCUAUAAACUCCCUGGUGUGGCACAGCCUAGUGCUGCUGGGACUGUGGCCAGCCAGACGGUAGCUCUCCUGCGUCCUAGUGCACUCGCUCAGAGACUGAGCUCUAUAGCAUGGGAAAAUGAAGCCUAUGUUCAGCUGACCUGAAAUAUAAGGGCGGUGUGGCUCUUUUGCAGUUUUCGUUUUCUUUUAAGAAAUGCCACAGCUGCACCUUGGUUUUUUGCUAAUUUUAUGAAUUAGCCCGAGAGCAUUUUAUUUGAAAUACUGGUUUUGUUUUUGUCCCCUCUUGUUCUCUUCCCUUACCAUUGUUUCAGUAUUUGUAUUUCCGUUGCUGUCUCAUCACUGAAAGGGGUUCCAGCAAACCAAAGACAGAACGAAAGAGUGUCCCUUUAAGCUGCUGAAAACCAAGCCAGUAUAAAGGCAAAGCUGGAUUUUUUUUUCAUUGUACAUUUUUGAUGAAAGACAGCAAAGAUUUUGAGGAAAAAAGGAACAAUGGACAAAGGAAGUGAUUUUAAACACUUUGGAGUUGGCAGCGUGCUUGAUGUUGUGCUUUUUGCUGAUAUGCUCGAUGGCCGAGGUAUGAAACGACUAUUCUGUGUUCCCAUUCCCUUCUGUUACCACUGUGUCACAAUGUCUCCGUCUUUUGUCCUCGUGAUCUGUUUCCUCCCUCUGUGCUUGUGUCAUCCUUUGACCCCCCCUGACCCCCACCACCUUUUUCUGUCGACUUCUAUUGACUGAUACAGUUCACCAUAGGAAUAUGGUGCAAGCCCCUCCUUCCCAGGAUGCUUGUUAUGUGUUUGAGUAACUUAUUGUGGUGACGAUAUUUUCUAUAUUUAAAAAAGAAUACUGUGGACUUUUAGGUGGCUUAACAUUUUAUAGGACACGUCAUAUUUGUAAAAGUGAAAAAAAAGAAAAAAGAAAAAACAUACACAAAUGAACAUCUUCCCUUUCUUGCACAGGGCAUGUACAAACACAAUUAUGUACAAAAAGGAGCCUUUUUGUGGGCUAGGUACUCUUCCCUUCAGCUACAUAACUUCUUUCUGGUACAUGCUUCUGAGAGGCUUUCUUUUCUUGGUUUCCUCCAGAGGUGGUUUGUAUUAGGUGAACCUAUCUGUUGCAUGGGAGAAAGCAGGGAAAUUCUGGUCUAGAGCUGCAUGAUGUAGGCUAUGUGUAUUAACCCAUGUUGGAUCAUGUGUUCCAAACUACCAGGCUAAAUCUGAUAAAAACAACAUUUACAGGCAGACAUUGUGGCUGUCUGAAAACUUCCAGUUGUUUAUUAUUUGUUGUAUACACAAAAAUGCACUGAAUAAAAUGUUUAUAUUAAGAUAUACUUUUAA